AUGACUGGACGCGGCAAAGGUGGCAAGGGACUCGGCAAGGGCGGUGCCAAGCGUCAUCGCAAGAUUCUCCGCGACAACAUCCAGGGUAUCACCAAGCCCGCCAUCCGUCGUCUCGCACGUCGUGGCGGUGUCAAGCGUAUCUCAGCCAUGAUCUACGAGGAGACCCGUGGUGUUCUCAAGACCUUCCUCGAGAGCGUCAUCCGUGAUGCUGUCACCUACACUGAGCACGCCAAGCGCAAGACCGUCACCUCCCUCGACGUCGUCUACGCUUUGAAGCGCCAGGGCCGUACCCUCUACGGUUUCGGUGGUUAA